AUGGAAAAGUUCAUAUCACACCCACCACUUAUAGUGCAUUCGUCAUUGUCGCAGCUGCGGUACCUGGUAUUGGCGGAGGGUGUGGGCGUGGAACCCGAGGAACGGCGACAGCGCUGCUAUGUGUGGUCGAUCCUCUCGCGCACGGAUAUGGAAGGUGCAACGUCGCGGUACAUGCGGCUAGCACAGCGAGGCCCGCCGCCGGCGGCGGUGUACAAGAAGAUACAAAACGACACCUUCCGAACGUUUUCAACAGACUCCGGCUUUCGGGAACGGGUGUCUGAGGAAUCUCUGACUAGAUGUCUCUCGUGUUUUGCCUGGUUGCAGGAGCUGGAGGGAGACCGGGGUCCGGUGCGCAUCGCGACCUACGUGCAGGGGAUGAACGUGCUGCUGGCACCCCUGUUGUACAGCUGUCCUGCAGAGCCCAUGGCUUUCCGGCUGUUCGAAACAGUGUGCCAGCGGAUGAUCCCCGCGUACCUGGACCACUCGCUGAGCGGAGUGCACACGGGUGCGCGAUUACUGGACGAGUGCCUCAAGAUUGUGGAUCCCAAACUAAGCAAGUUCCUCUCCGACAACCUACUCACGGCGGAAAUAUAUGGGGUGCCCUCGAUUCUGACGCUUUCAAGCUGCCAGAAGCCACUGGACCAGGUAUGCCGGCUGUGGGACUUCAUGUUUGCAUACGGGUUCCACAUGAACCUGCUGUUCAUCGUCGCUCAGCUGGUCAAGAUGCGAACGGAGAUCAUGCAGUCGGACUCGCCUAUGAAUCUACUGCGGCAGUUCCCAGACUUCGACGCGGACGAGAUCAUCCGUCUGGGGGUCGGGUUCGUCGCCAAGAUUCCAUCUGGGCUCUACGAGCUGCUGGUAAGGCACCUGACGGAGCCAGGCAUAGAUUUAUCGAGCUACGACGGACUGGACUGA